UCAACAUUUAUUUGAAAUCACUGGCUUUCUUAGCUCUAAAUUGUUUUCUAGGUUUGCAAAACUUGCUGUUGCAGAUGGUUUGGUAGUCAUGCUAUAUUGCGUCGUUAGUGUGGUUUGGGGUUUGGGCAUCCCCGGCUGCAUAGCAUCAAGUGGUGUGCGGGAGUGGGGCAUAAAUAAUCAGCUAAUCUUCCAACCUGGCAACCUUCAAAUCACUUCUGCCAGUGAGAGAGGAGUCGCUUCCAUCAGCGGGAAUGGUACUUGUGUGAUUUUGAUCCAACUGGACAUCAUACAAGCCAUUUAGGAUAAUCGAAACGGCACUUUAUAUUUCUGAAAACGUUAGAGAAAAAAAUCCUUUCCCGACCGUUUGCCUAUGCAUGAUGAAGAUUGGGGAAAGGAAUCAAAUUGCAGAUAUUUAGACUUCCCGAAGUCAAACUAACAAUUAUAGCCGGUCAUCGACUGGGAAUUAAGCAGUGGAAAUGGCAACUGUUGCUUUUGAGGGAACUUCGCUCAUGAACAUGUUUGUACAAAACUGUUGGGUUGUUGGCACACAGCGAAUAAUUAGUCAACGCGGAGAGGAAGAAUUCAUGGAGGUCCGGACCGAGUUAUCGGACAGGAGCGUUCUCUAUUUGCACAGAACGGACCGUGAUCUCGGAAGCCUUCUAAAGAGACUCAUGGAUGCUUUCCCAGAGGAUAGAGCAACUCCUACACAGUCAGCGCUCCGAGAUGGAUUUGUGCGAAUAAGAGACGCUGCAGAGGCCAAUGAUAUUGAGAUUCGAUUGCAAGAGGUGGAAAAACUCCUCAGGAGGGUCGUUACCUUGCCAAUGAAGUAUUCACGGUCGGAAGCAGUGCUCACAUUCUUUGAGCAAUCUCCGCUGGACCUGAUGAUAAGAGAAAACAACAUCAACAACAUGGAGCCAUACUACCAGAGUCCAGUAACAAUAUCAGAUAUCAUGAGGUGCAAUGGAUUUUGUCUGGCUAACACGGAGACCAUUUUUUAUGACUACAGUGCACCACAGGAUAGACACAGAGCCCUGUCAAUGUCCACAUGUACAGAGUCUGCAGGUUUUGGGUACGAUACCCAAUCUGGGUUUAAGGAGACCCUGGACAUCGUUGAGACAGCAUCAACGGAUGGUAGUGCCGAAGACCAAGAAACGUCUUUCCCUAAUCUGACGUACUACCAACUACUGACCUACGAGACUGAUAUUCUGGAAUGAACGACAGUGGCGGACAUAUUGUUUGAGUCUGUAUGGUUCUCACUUUCACUGGUCCGGUCCAAAUGAUGUAGGUUACAGACAGGGUUGGGGAGUAACAGAUUACAGUAGUCAGUUAUGUGUAAUCUCAUUACCCCUCCAAAACACUGUACCUGUAACAAGUUACGUUACCAGCAAAAAUAUUGUAAUAUUUGUAAGAUACUUUUGGAAAAACUAGAUUACUUUUAAAUUCAGAAAUUAUGUUUUGCAGAAAUACAUUGAGACCUUUAUGUUUUCUCAUUGACAUUCAAUUCAGCAAGUUUGUUCCACUUGAGUGAGUUUUGACCACAAGACCACUAUGACGACUCACCAAUGUGUUUGACGAAUCCUUUUUGUUGUUGUCUUCUAAUGUAACUGAAAUCAUUCAGAUUACGUUAAUGAGUUUGGGUAAUCCAAAGGUUACGUUUCUGAUAACAAUUUUGGAACAGGUACAGUACUUUUGUAGUGUAACUUGUAACGGAUUACAUUUAGAAAGUAACCUACCCAACCCCUGGUUACAGACUGUUGCUGCUAGACUCUCCUGGUCUGGUCUAAAUGAUGUAGGUUACAGACGGCUGCUGCUAGAUUUAAAUGGUUUCACAAUUUGUGCCACGAUGAUGGUAGAGUAAAAAUACUCGUUCUCCAAACUUAUUAACAAUAUACUAACUCACCAAUAUACUAACUCUUAACAAGAUAUUAACUGACUUGCCUAGUUAAAUAAACGUUAAAUAUAAAAUAAAUUAAUAUGAAAUAUA